AUGGACGCAAAGCUAUCGCAACUAGCCACACUCUCUCAGAAGGACAAGACAGCCGGCUACCUCGCUCUCCUGCCCGAUAUACUAGCUCAGUCUAACCAAGGCUCAGCACCCAAUGAUCUCCAGCUUCUUAUAGACACAGUCGUCAACCAAGAAAGCGUUGGCUUUGUGGUUGGCAGACAGGUCCUCACCGAGCUCGUCAAGAGUCUUGGCAUCGGUAUUGUCGCCGAUCACGAUCUACGAAAGCGCAUCGUCCAAGACACCCUGAACGUGCUUCAGCCUCGCAUUGUGAUUUAUGAGGAGCAGGUCAACGCACUCAGGUUUCAGCUGGCAGAUCUCCUCGAAGCGGAGGAAGAAUGGACAGAGGCGGCCCGUGUGCUCAUGGGUAUAUCCCUUGACUCAGGCUCGCGUGGCAUCUUCAUCAGAUUAAGGGGCGAGCUGACCAGUUCCUUACCGGACGACGAGAAGUUCCGCGUUUACAUUCGCAUCAUUCGGCUACUGCUCGAAGACGAAGAUUCUGUUCAGGCAGAAACAUAUUACAAUCGUGCUGCAUCUCUCUCUAAUUCUACCACUGAUAGAGAAACACUACUACAGUUCAAGUUGUGUCAAGCACGGAUCAGCGAUUACUCCCGCAAAUUCCUGGAAGCUGCCAUGAGGUAUCAUGAACUCAGUUGGGCCGCAGAUAUUGACGAAGAAGAGCGCAAGGAACUCCUAUCAUCUGCUGUUACUUGUGCAGUUCUGGCACCCGCAGGACCCAAUCGGUCUCGUGUCUUGGCCUCUUUAUAUCGUGACGAACGCUCAUCUGAACUCCCAACGUACAAUAUUCUGUCCAAAAUGUUCCUCGACCACAUCCUCCGGCCUGGUGAAAUCAAAAGUUUCGAGCAAACGCUCAAGCCACAUCAACUCGCCCGCAUCGCCAUUUCAUCCAACGAUCGUCUCGCAUCCGCAGUGAAUGACGAAGAGUCUUCAUUGACGAGCGCAAGCAGGCGGACGGGACCUUCCACAGUUCUUGACCGCGCAGUGAUGGAGCAUAAUCUCCUGGCUAGUUCCAAAAUCUAUAAUAACAUCACUUUCCACGGAUUAGGUGCGCUCCUAGACUUGUCGCCUGGCGCAGCAGAGACGAUGGCACGAAAGAUGAUCGAGCAGGGUCGCUUGAAGGGUUCAAUCGAUCAAGUCGAUAAGCUCAUUUGGUUUGAUGGCGGGAAAGAGGAAGACGAUGCUCAGGGUAAAGCAGGUGGUCUUGGCGAUGUCGAGCAAAUCACCGAAGAUACGGGCGCCCCUUUCACCAAACGAUGGGACAUGCAAAUACGAACAACAGCAGCGAACGUGGAAGCGAUCGUUCAGCAUCUGGCGGUGAAGGGCCUCCUGGGAACGACGGCAAAUUCCAUAUGAGUGAAUGCACGGUUGUGAGCGGGAUUGGGAUAGCAGAUAACAAAGUCCUUGCAUUAGGUACAUUAAAUAGGAUGUUCUUGCAAAGCGUUUUCCAGUUUACGUC